AUGCCAGCCGGUACUUUUGUGCGGACGUCUCCAUCCGCUGUGGCUGCCACACCGGCCAGUGGUGACUCCACACCGGAAAAACCCCGCACUCUGUCAGAAAAUAGAAAGUCCUCUAAACCAAUCAUGGAAAAGCGGAGACGCGCGCGCAUCAACGAGAGUCUGGGCCAGCUGAAGACCCUCAUCAUGGACGCACUCAAGAAAGAUAGCUCCAGACACUCCAAACUGGAGAAGGCGGACAUCCUGGAGAUGACUGUGAAGCACCUGAGGAACCUGCAGCGACUUCAGAUGACCGCUGCUGUGAACACAGACCCGUCCAUCCUGGGUAAAUACAGAGCCGGCUUCAGUGAGUGUGUCGGAGAGGUCACCCGUUUCCUGUCCACGUGCGAAGGGGUGAACGCAGAGGUGAGGACCCGCCUCCUCAGCCACCUGGCGGCCUGCGUGGCCCAAAUCAACACUGUGAACUUCUAUACACCUCACCCAGGUGCACUGGGACUUGGACAGACCGGUGCACACAUCCCAGCUGCUUCCGCUCCACAGAUGCCCUGCAAAAGCGGCUCAGCGAUGCACGUCUCCCCGGACGCGAUGAAGCUGUACGGCGGCUUCCAGGUCCUGCCAGCGCCGGAUGGACAGUUUGCUUUUCUUGUCCCCAGUGCAGCUCUCGUCCCUCUAAGUCCACAAAACAGCCAUCACAUGUCACCUGUUGCACCUCCGCUCACCUCAGACUCUGUGUGGAGGCCCUGGUAG